AUGAGCGGCAAUCAGGACUACAUAUCGCCAAACGAGCACCUCCAGCAGUCCCUCCAGAACACUUCCGCAUUCGAGGUGUUGGGCCACUUCUGCGGCAUACCCGCUGUCGGCUCCCCCCAACGACUCAAUGAGGCCGCCGUCGUCUGCAUCGACGCAGAGUGGUGGCAGAAAGAGCCCAAACCCACCACCGAGCUCGGAAUCGCUGAGCUCAUGCAGAAGGGACUAACCCCGACCAUCCACGCCGAAAACAUCCUCUCUAGCAUCCAAGCCGCGCACGCCCGCAUCAUCGAAAACGCCCACCUCAUCAACAGAUUUCCCGGCGCUGGAGACCCCGAGAACUUCCUGUUCGGCAAGACUAAGUUCGUCACCAUGGACGAGGUGAAACAGGUACUCAUCAACACGUUCGUGCGACCGCGGGAGUAUGGAGACGGGUCUGAUUUGCAGCCUAUCAUAUUGGUUGGUCACGCGGUAGAGAAUGAAUUCGAACACAUGCAGCGCGCUUUCGGAGUCGACCUGCUGAGCUACGGUACUAUCGUCAAAGUCAUCGACACGCAGCUCAUGGCGCAAGAGCUGGGCAUCAAGACACCACGCGGACCGUUCAUCGGACUCAAAGAUCUCCUCGCUCACUUCAACAUGGUUGUACCCAACCUCCACACCGCUGGCAACGACGCAGCCGCCACGCUCAUGGCCGCCGUCUUACUCACCCUAAAGCCGUGGAUGUACCCCGACGUCCCCGGCUCGCCACCCGCCGUCGUCCAGGGCCGUAGUAUGUCAGAAGUGGUGGCUGGAGUCAUGCAGAUGGGACAGUCGCUGUCGCCACCACCAUGGGGAGAGCUGGUGUACUGCAUUCGGUGUAUGUAUCAGUACUUGCCGAUACCGCCAAGGGACUACGGUUUCGGUGGACAGUAG